CAAGAGUCACUUCAACUCUGCGGAGUGAGGGGAAGUGAUGUCAUCAUUAAAUGACUUAGAAUUUAACCCGUGUAAGUAGUAUCAAUGUUUGAGGGGACUUCAUCAAUCUUCAGUAUAUCUCUGACCAAGAUGGCGAACAUGGGCAUAUUCUGUCUGUGUUUUAAAUUCGUUUUUAUCAUAUGUAUAAUACGGCCCGUGUCUCCUCAAAUAAUGUAUGAGAACAUUAAGGAAUUUCACGGAACUUUUACCGAAAAUAUGAAGAGAACCGCAUGUUCUGAUAGUGUGGAAGCGUGUGGGAAUCGACUUUAUAAAUGUGGCAUUCAAAAUCAAUUACUUGUCGAGACUUUGCGCGGAGUACAAAAAGUUCAAGUGUUGCAGAGCAAAUGUGGGAUUCGCAUUCAAAAAUUAGAAAUGAACGUUUCGGAGUCUUUCAGCACAAUCAGUUCCUUAAACAGAUCCCUGUUACAGGUAAAUCUUAAACUUCAGGAUUGCGAAAAUAAACUCAACACAGAGAACAAAGACAUGGCUGCAUUAAGUAAAUCCAUUUAUAUUUGUAAUCGGUCGUUAGAAGGAAGUACAACAAAUAUUACAAAUAUUAUGUCUACUCUGAAUACCACCAAACAAACAUUGUAUCGAACAAUGGAGGAUUUAGGACGAAAGUCAAGAGACCUAGAUCAGGAGAGGGCAAAAGUGAGAGCCAUCAACGGCAGCUUAGGACGUUGUGACAAAGUUCUCGUGGAAACCAAAGCUAUGCAAGCUGCGACGCUGAGUACACUUAAAGAAAAGGAGAGGAAAAUUGUCAUUCUUGAGAUGGAGAGCUUUCAGUGUAAUAGUACAUUAAGUGAAGCUUUAUCUAACUUAACGUCUACUUUAUUAACAUUACAAUCCGUUAAAGCCGAUCAUCAAGAUUGUUUAGGACAUCUUCAGGUUAAAAAUGUCACGAGUGUGGAAUGUGCUCAACAGAGUUCGUUAUUGAAUGACUCUUUGAUAAAUUGUGAAAAUAGACUGGGUAAUUUUAGAAACAAUUUUUCGGAUUGCGUGGUGAGAAUGUCUGGGAUUGAGAAUGAAUUAUUAGAAAUAAAAAAUAUCCAGGAAAGACAGCGGAUGGAUUUGACAAGUACCACGCUGCAAUUGAUGGAAUUGAAUAAUACUUUGCAGAAGUGCGAAGCGAAUCUUUCAGAUUCGAAGCAAAAUAUCUCUGAAUAUGCCCUCGCUGUCAUAUUGAUGAAGACAAAUUUUUCUACAGCAAUAUCUGAAUGUGUAAACGAAACUAAAAGAUUGGAGGAGCGAAUUCAAACCUGUGAAACUUCGUUAAAAAUAAACUCAAAAAAUUUCUCCGAGUUUGUGAAUCAUGUAUCGCGCGCAAACUUAUCUUUCUUACAAACGCUGAGUGAUUUUCAAAACAAAACGAAUGAAUUAGAAAAGGAAUUAUUAGAGUAUAAAUCCAAAUUUGAGACGAUAAAGUUCCUGCCGAAAAGAAUGUUAAAAUGGACGGUGAACGAUUUAUGUACAAACAUGCCAAAUCUUCGCGUCGAAAACCCCGAGCUUUGUCCUUUUUUCUACGACUGCAGCCAAUCCGAUUCUAUUCUCCAGCAAUGCUCUUAUCCUCGUUUAUAUUCCGACAUCAACUCGAGAUGUGAAGAUCCGACUUCUGUUGACUGUGGGACAAGAAAUAUUUCCUACGGCUACACAUGUGACUUUGAAACUACUAGCGAUGCGGGGUGUUUCUUGACUGAUUCCAGUGCAGGGGACUUUACCUGGAGCAGACACAAGGGUUCCACAUCUUCAUCAGAUACAGGGCCGAGUUCUGCAUACAGCGGCUCGUACUAUAAAUAUAUCGAGGCCUCCCGUCCCAGAGUGAAUGGUGAUACUGCAAUAUUGGAGAGUAACAAACGAUUUCAAGAGAAAACCUACUGCCUCCGUCUACGUUAUCAUAUGAGGGGAUCUGAUAUUGGGAGUCUCAAGAUCAAAACAGCAAACGGAACCAACAGUCCAGCACUUCUCAGAGAAUUAUCCCGCCAUCAAGGCAUUUCUUGGCACAAACUGACCGAUCUAAACAUGCAUCUGAAUAAAGAUACAAAGAUCUUAAUUGAAGCUACAAGGGGUAAAGGGUUCAAAGGUGAUAUAGCCAUUGAUCACGUGACAUUGUGGCCCACGAAGUGCCCGUAAUCUGAUUGGCAGAAGAAAUUAGUUUCUCGUGAUUUACAUAAUCUGUUUUAGCAUGGAAUCGUGUAACAUUUGAAAUUAUGGUUUUUCUGUAUACAAACAUAAUGUGUAGUCAUGUCUAUAGGAAUAUAUAAGGUAUGUACAUGUACAUGUAGCAAAUUCAUCAAUCUAUAAAGAUUUGCAUUAAUUGUAAACUAAUACCGGUAUUAAAUAAGACGUCUCAUUGUAUUUAGAUCUAUUAUCGCUGUAUACAUGUAUGUAUCAACGUAUUUGAUACACUGUUUUUCUAAAUCUUUAAUAUUACCUGUAAUUGUAUGGAAGAGUAAAAUUUGGUAAUUAUUGUAAAUGUGGGAACUCGUAUAGUAUAUCCAGAAAAAAAGUAAUGUGGUGACCUUUACUAGUACACUGUGACCUUUACUAGUACACUGUGACCUUUACUAGUGCAAUGUUAUGACCUGUACUAGUACAAUGUGAUGACCUUUACUAGUACAAUGUGAUGAUCUUUACUAGUACAAUAUGACCUUUACUAGUACAAUGUGAUGACCUUUACUAGUACAAUGUGAUGACCUGCACUAGUACAAUAUGACCUUUACUAGUACAAUGUGAUGACCUUUACUAGUACAAUGUGACCUUUACUAGAACAAUUUGACCUUUAUUAGUACAAUGCGUCCACGUGAGAAGAAAGAAUUGAAUAUUUAGUUCAUCUGUUUGUCAUUCAGGCAUAAAAUGACAUUGUUCAUGUGUUUUGUAUGGCGUCAGCAUUCAGGGGAUAUUCAACUUCAAUUAUGAUAACAAAGUUUUAUAAGUAAACAUUUAGACAAGUAUAUUACAAUAUGUUUAUGUAUUGGUAUCAUGGUGUAACGACAAACAAGUAUUUAUCAGAUGAUGUUUACUAGAAAUAAAAUAUAAGGACCCUUUCAAAGAUCCAA